ACGAUGGCAAAAAGGGAGCAUUCCCCACCAACUGAUGGUAUACUCAUAAAACGGGCGCGUGGAGCGACACCACCAGAAACUCAGAUUGCUAUUUCCUCAACCGGAGAUGAUAGUAAAAAGGGACUUAUACGCUCUGUGAAGCGUACCAGUGGUCUUGAAGCGCCCAUUGUCAGCCUUUCUGGUUCACAUUCUGCCGAAAUCAUGAGCUGUAGAUUUGACCCUACAGGACAAAAUAUUGCAGCGUGUUCUGCAGAUCGGAGCGUCUCUUUAUGGAGAACGUACCCUCCAACGUCAAACUAUGGAUAUCUGCCUGCUCUACACAAAGCGCCUAUCCUCGACUUACAAUGGUCUCUUUUCUCACCGCUUCUCUACACAGUCUCUGCAGACCACACGCUCGUCAUGACGGACCUCUCCACGGGCCAGCGGGCUCGAAAAAUUCGAGCUCACAGAGGCGUCGUUAAUGCACUUGACCGGACGCUCACCGGUGGUGCGGCUGUAGAACUCAUUGCGACUGCAGCAGAUGAUGGCUUCGUACACGUCUGGGAAGGCGGAGACGAAGGUGGAAAACAGGCCGUUGCAACGUUUGAAGUUGGUUGCCCUGUAACGUCUGUUUGUUGGAGUGCGGAUGGCUCGACGGUUUAUGCUGGUGCAUUGGAUAACGAGAUCCACGUUUUCGAUCUUCGAAAAAGUGCGAAAGUAUACUCCCUUACAGGACAUACCGAUACUCCAACCUCACUUUCCCUUUCACCGAAUGGCAACUUCCUGCUUUCCCCGUCUUUCUCUUCACAAGUCAUCAUUCACGAUAUCCGCCCCUUCGCUCCAAAUCCAACCCGAGUCCAUCGAACUCUCCUCGGAUCACCAGCAGGAUUCGAGAGUACUUUAUUGCGGGCAUCGUGGAGUAAGGAUGAUGGAGGCGGACGUGUUGCUGUGGGCGGUGCGGAUCGGAUGGUGUGUAUAUGGGAAGUAGAAAGUGGUAAAAUUCUCUACAAACUUCCUGGACAUAAGGGUACAGUUACUUCUGUUGACUUCCAUCCAAAGGAACCUAUUGUACUUACUGGGAGCAAGGACGCAACUAUGCUUCUCGGCGAGCUGGAACCAGGGAUGUCAAUGUAGAUCUCCAUGUAUUAGAUAUUUGCCUCUGUCACAUACUA